AUGGGAGGGCCAUGCAGCGACAGCGGCCUGGGAGAAGCCGGUGGAACGUUCCGGGGUGCCCCCUUCCCUCCCCUUCCCCUCGCUUCGCGCCCGAGCACGCACCAGACACUGUCGCCCAGGCCCCCCUCAGACUCAGGUCCCGGGUCCCAGAAGCAGGUUCUGGGCGUUCUGUGUCCCGUGGCCCACGUGCCAGGUCCCGAGACCCCAGGGGACAGCAGCAGGGAUGGCGGAGGGGGUGGCAGAUGUGUCGGCCUCAAGCACGGGCCCCGACACCGCCCACCCGAGCCCCCGUCUGCGCUGACUACCUCUCACAUGGGUCCCCCAGCCCCUUCCCCCCGUGCAGUCUUCCCUCGCUCCAGCAUCGCGUCACCCAUUAAACAGCGACGGCCACCUCAGCGUCCAGAAGAGGACGGGGACGACAGCCGCCCUCCGGUCCAGGGUGGACGAGGGAUUGCCCCCGGGUUCCAUUCCUCCGGGGCCUCUGGGGACAGGGCCACCUCCUUCCCCCUCCUGGCCCCCCACAGGCUGCACUGCUGCCCCCAGCACCUGAUCUCAGGGGUGUCGGCUCCUCAGCUCCGUUUGCAGCUGAGCCCUGUCAGCGCAGGUGGCUCCAAGUUCAAAUGGUCCCAGCGGGAUCCUGCCAUCUCAGAAGUGACAGGACCUGCCCUCACCGCGCAGCUGGAGGGGCACCUGCUGCCACCCGACCCCAUGUCAGAGGAGAAGGGUCUUGAAAAGCUCUCAGGUGCACCCCCGGACUCGGAAGCACAGGCCCCAGAGCUGAGAGCACGGCCGCAGGCCCACUGUCCUCCUGCGCUGGGGAUGAGGUCUGCCCUUAUCCUCAUCCUCACGUAUCCUGGACGUGCCCUGCCGGACAAGCCCACCGUGUGGGGCCCUCCUGACGCCCAGAUGCCCCCUCACUCCCGUGCCAGGCCCAUAGCCGGGUCCCCGGCACAGCCACUGACCCCAGCCUGGCAGACGGGCAUCAGCACAGCCUUCUGUGUACUCGAAGCCAACGCGUACAGUAAAGACAAGGAUGAGGACACAGCGGGUCGCGCAGGCAACCUGCCCCUGUGCUGCGCCCUCACCUUUGAGCCCCACCUGCCUCGGGCACCUGUGAAUGGGCCCCGGGGUCAUGGCUGUGCCCUCCUGUGUGCCCGGAGACGGGGCCUCCUUGCCUCGCAGGCCGGGGAGCUCCGGUUCGCGCUCUGGGAAAGCGGCCGCAGUCGCGGCGCCCGCGCUCCUUGGGCGCAGGUGGCCGAUGGGCCCGGGCCGGCCGCGCACAGGGCAGUAACCCAAGGGAGGAGACCUCCGGUUCCCACCUGCGGCGGCUUCGCUGUGGGUCCACAGCCCAGCGAGCCCUUUGACCGGCCCGCUCCGCCCUCCUUCCCUCCGCUCUCCAGCCACGUGGGCCCGGCACGGCUUGGGGCCACCGGAGGACGCCACCCCGGGCCUCGUAUGGAGACAGCCUGGCUCCUCCAAGUAGGACAGUGGCCCGCGGGCGCUAGCCCGGGGGCGCAGAGGCCCAGCAGGAGGUUUUGGCAGGAGCGGGCCCAGGCCAGUGAGCCGGGGCUGCAGGCCGGGAGGAGCCUGGGCCCGGCGGACGAUGCAGGCCCGGGCAGCUCUGACCCCUGGAGGCCGCGGCGGCCACUGCUGGGUCCCCUGGGCGGGGGCGUGGUCGCCACGGAGGGAACCGCCCCUUCGCCCCCACCGUCUGGGGUCGGCGGGUUUCGGGGAGGGAGUGGGUCCCCUGGUUACCCGCAUCUUCACCGCCAUCAAACACUUCGGCGAGGACCCCCCACCAGCUGCCUUACUUUCCCUAUCCGAGCCGCGCCCUGCCCAGGCCGGGAGGUGACGUCCCGACCCCCGGGUCCCAGCAGGGCCGGGAGACUCCGGCCGAGGUGUCGCGAUCCCACAGCGACCCAGCUUGGCUGCCCCUCCCUGUCCCUCCCCUCCCCCACAGGCCUCCUCUUGUGGACCACAGCGGACCCCGAAUCUCUCCGCCCCUGGAGCGAGGCGCACGAGCGGCUCCGGAGCCGGGUGCAAAAAAGAGGAAGGGAGGCUCCCGACGGGAGCGGGGCGCCCCACCCCUCCCGUGCCCGGGCCACGGGGAGCCGCCAGGGGGAACCCCCAGAGAUAGGGCAGAGGAGAGCCGGGGACGCGCGGCCCAAGCCGGGCCCGAGGUCGCGGAAAGAGUGA